ACGUUAAGGUUGACAAAGGAACCCAAAGAGGCAAGGAGAUGUAGUUGACUCAAGAGGACUCUCCUGUUUGUUCCUCCUCUAAUCCUGCUUCCUAAUUGAUCCUCCGUCAAACCCUAGCUCUCAAAUCCUUCCUCAACCCCUCUGCCAAGCCAAAACAGCCGCAGCUUGAACUCCAUCCACGAUGGCGAGACGAGGCCUGCCCCUUCUCCGGCACGUCCUCCGCCACUCCGCCGCCGCCUCCUCCUCCCUUCCGCCCUUAAAAACCCUCGCCUUUGCCGAGACUCGGCGGUCCGUGACCUACAUGCCCCGCCCCGGCGACGGCGCCCCGCGGGCGGUGACCCUGAUCCCGGGCGACGGGAUCGGCCCCCUCGUCACCGGCGCCGUCAGACAGGUGAUGGAGGCGAUGCACGCUCCCGUCUACUUCGAGACCUACGAGGUCCACGGCGACAUGGCCGCCGUCCCGCCGGAGGUCAUUGAGUCCAUCCGGAAGAACAAGGUCUGCCUCAAGGGCGGCCUCACCACCCCACUCGGCGGAGGUGUCAGCUCCCUCAACGUCCAGCUCCGGAAGGAGCUUGAUCUCUACGCGUCUCUUGUCAAUUGCUUCAACCUCGCCGGCCUCCCCACAAGGCACCAGAACGUCGAUAUCGUGGUCAUCAGGGAGAACACCGAGGGGGAGUACUCGGGAUUGGAGCAUGAGGUGGUUCCCGGUGUUGUCGAAAGCCUCAAGGUGAUAACAAAGUUCUGUUCAGAGCGCAUUGCAAAAUAUGCUUUCGAAUAUGCAUACUUGAACAAUCGGAAGAAGGUCACAGCUGUGCAUAAGGCCAAUAUCAUGAAGCUUGCAGAUGGUUUAUUCUUAGAAUCUUGCCGUGAGGUUGCAACAAAAUACCCUGGAAUAAAGUACAAUGAGAUUAUUGUGGACAACUGUUGUAUGCAGCUUGUGUCGAAGCCUGAGCAGUUUGAUGUCAUGGUCACACCAAAUCUGUAUGGCAAUCUGGUGGCAAACACAGCGGCUGGUAUUGCUGGAGGCACUGGAGUAAUGCCAGGAGGCAAUGUUGGUCAAGAUCAUGCAAUUUUUGAGCAAGGAGCUUCAGCAGGUAAUGUGGGAAACCAGAAGAUAGUGGAACAAAAGAAGGCAAAUCCUGUAGCCCUUCUUCUUUCUUCAGCAAUGAUGCUGAGGCAUCUCCAGUUUCCUUCAUUUGCUGACCGAUUAGAGACUGCUGUCAAGCGGGUAAUUGCAGAAGGCAAAUACAGGACUAAAGACUUAGGAGGGCAUAGCACAACCCAGGAAGUUGUUGAUGCAGUCAUAGCAGCACUGGACUGAUCAUCCUGAUCUUUUUGCAGAGUAUUGGUAGAAUAGUUUAUCUUUGAAAAGUGAUUGGAAAAAGAGCAGCACAUGCUUGGGAAAAGAGAGAACAUGCCUCCCAUGAGUACUGCCUGAUGAUGAUGAUACACCAGUGGACGAUCUGGAACUCUUGGAUCAGUUGGUCUGCAGUCAAGUAACCAUUAGAGCAAGUGAGAAAGGAAUAUGCAUUUGGCAAUUUACCGAUCGUAGGGUAUUGGAUUAUAUUGCGUGCCAGGCGCAUGAUCGGCCAAAGAUCUGCUGUUGAAUGAGAGCUGUUCCUGGACUUGGGUGUUUCUCAUUUCUUUUAAUCAUGCAUGUCUUGUUAGCCUUAAGGAUUGUGCAGUAGGUUUCUUCAGGUGAUCUAAAUUUUGCCUAGAUAUUUGGAUGUCAUCCUCAAUCAACACUUGUCAUUGUUUAUAUGAACCUUUUCUAUGUUUCAUUA